AUGGUCGGAGGUCAGAAACGGCGAGGCCUGAAGCAGUACCAGCGCGACUUCUAUGCACACAAUGCUGCUGCUUCAAAAGCAGUGAUUAACGAUACAAAUGACGCACCUCAGCACACUCGCAAUGUUCAACAACGCAAGCACAGCAGUUUCGAAAUAGGACCACGUGGACGUCUAAAUAUCUCUUCAUCCUACUACACAGUUCCUAGUUCUCCAGGGAAACAUCGUCGUGGAGAAUCAGAUGUCCCAUUAGACAUCACAGAGCUCAACUUUUCAAUUAUUGACGACUUUUCUGAUAACUUUCAAGUUCAGAGCGACACUCCGGAGCUCGUGGAAUUCACCAAACCAAAAUGUACUGGAGGUGAGGUCUUGCGCUUAUGGCAAUCAGAUGCCGACUUGUUUUUGGAGGAAUUCCUCCGCCUGGAGGGUCGAGGUGACUAUUCACAAGACAUUUGUGUUUGUGGUAAGGAAGCUGCAACAUAUCGUUGUCAAGAUUGUCAUGGUUGCGAAUUGUUUUGUCGUUUGUGCAUGAUCCGCACACAUGAGAGACAUCCGCUUCAUAGAAUAGAGCGAUGGGAUGGUAUCUCAUUUUACAGUGUUACCUUGAAGUCCAUGGGGAUCCGUUUACAACUUGGACAUGCUUCUGGUGUUCGGUGCAUCAGCCCACUCUCUGCUCACAACGACGACUUUGUUGUAAUCGACUACAACGGCAUCUAUGAAGUAGGGUUAGAUUUCUGUGGAUGUGCUCAUGCCGAACCGCACAUCAUUCAGCUUCUUCGUGUUCGCCUCUUUCCUGCUACCACAGUUGAUCCAAAAACAGCUGCAACAUUUCAGGCACUGGAAUACUUUCAGAUGCUGUCUUUCGAGUCCAAAGUCUCUGCGUUUGAAUUCUACAAAACAGCUGCUCGUUUGACGGAUAAUACUGGAAUUCAUAUACCAAAGGAUCGUUACGAGGCGUUGUUACGCAUGGUGCGAGAGUGGCGCUUCAUCAAGCAGAUGAAACGCGCUGGUCAAGGUCACCACCCUGACGGUAUUGGUGCAACUAAACCAGGUGCCUGCGCCGUUCUUUGUCCCGCAUGUCCCCACACAGGCAAAAACUUGCCAGAUGGAUGGGAAAAUGCACCAUCCGAAAUACGAUUUCUAUAUGCCUUAUUCCUUGCCAUUGAUGCCAAUUUUCGUCUGGCUCGCCGUAAUGUCUCUUCAGACAUUGUCGAUCCGGGUCUCAAUCGUGGAUAUGCGUUUUUUGUGGAGGAACAGGCGUAUAAAGGUUUCAUUGGCUCACACAAGCGAGUCGUCCAGGAGUUGAGUUCAUGCUCCAGUCACAAUGCCGUCAACCUUGCAGAUUCGAGAGUCUCACGUGGCCUUGCAGCCACUGGCGCCGGUACUAUCGAUUGCGCAAGACACAAUUUCAAACGGCCCUGCUCAGUCGGCGACUUGCAGAAGGGCGAAAGGUACCUUAACAUGGAUUAUUUAUUCUUCUCGAGCAUGCAGUCUUCAUCGGAGAUAUCAGUAUUGAACAUUUCUUACGAUAUUGCUUGUCAGUGGAGCAAACAUCUCUGGGCACGAAUGUCCGCCUUCCCACACGAGUACCACAUCAAGCACGACCAAAAAUCAAUCACCUUUCUCGUACCAAAAUUCCACCUGCCGGCCCAUGUGGCCAAAUGCCAGUCAAACUUUUCCUUCAAUUUCAUCAAGGGCGUUGGUCACACAGACGGUGAAGCUCCUGAGCGUGGGUGGGCAGACAUAAACCCCAUUGCGACAAGCACACGUGAAAUGGGUCCUGGUUCGAGGCGCGACACCUUAGAUGACCACUUCAACGACUGGAACUGGAAGAAGAUCUGUGCAAUGGCCGCAGAUGAGUUAGUUGAAUGGAGGAAGGACAUCGAAGCAUGGGAGGCAGACCGUUCGCAACCAAACCCAUUUGAAGGUAGAGCUAUGACGACAAUGACUCAGGCUGCCGUGCACCUAGCCUUAUCGAUGGCUGAGGCUGCAGAGAUUGAGCGUGGCAACAACAUGUCCCUACACGAUGAUAUAUCACCGUCGGUGUUGAUUUCAUCGGGAUUAGAACUUGAAGACCAGCAGCGCCGUCUUGGCUUUGAUGCCAAGGCAAUUGGACAACACGCUACAGAUGUCCAGAAGGGCAAGAUCUUACAGUGCAUGAAUACUCUUCGCCGACGCAUUGACACCUGGGCCCGGGUGCAGUUGUUGUAUAUGCCUAGUGUCUCCCGCCUGCGGUCACCAGAUGACAUUGCCACUGAAACAAAGGCCCACAACAUCAGCCUUUUUCUGCCAUCCUCUCUACCCCACCAAGUGCCAUGUGACGACCGCUUGCUCAGAUACGAGUGGGAAUUGCGUGAAGCUCAGGCAUAUGACACGCUGAAUGACCUCCGCGCUGUGAUUAACCUCCGAUACCACCUUUACAAGUAUAAGGACACAUUUGUUCGGGGACAGCGAGCAAAUACCCGAGCAAAUGGAAUCAUCAACAAUGCUGAACAUCGCAUUGACACCUUAUCACUCAAGUACUCCACUGCUAGAGAUGCACUCGUCAAUCUGGCGGUAAGGCUGGGUAAGACGGAUGACUGGGAGAGGAGCCUCAAGCCACUCGACAAGCAAAGGGAUGCUGUACCACUCAAACACGACGAUGGCCGAACAGUAGGGCAACAAAGUAUAUCGUGGAUCUGGAAGACUUCGGGCUUCAACAGCAAUGAGCUAGGGCUACAGGACUCGCUACGUGUUGAAUGGUGUAAGGCGCGAGCACGAGCUCAUCGUUGGGAGGAAGAAGUGCAACUACUACGGGAGGAAAUGCGCCGCAUUGUUGCAUUUCUUGACUGGCAGGCAGGCUGGUGGGACAUGCAAGGUCCACGGCGUGCUUUUAACUCACUGCAGGCUGGAGAGGGUGCCCUUGCCUAUGCGCAGCGCCAGGCUAAUCUACGUCGACAGAUGGUCAACCACAUCAAAUCAAUGUGGGCAGCCAAUCCUUCAUGGCAAGAAGCGGUCCAUCUUCGUUCUGAGUUGCCAAUGCCGAACCCCGACCCCCCUGCUGUUCACUUGAUUUGA